GCUUGAGGAUGACUCCAACUUUCUCAAGAUGUGCGCUAAUCUUUAGAUAUUUGUACUGGAAUACUGGAAGAAAUAGUAAGCAAGAAAAUCAUGUUUAGCUGAGGUGAAGCUCAGCAGACACACGCAGGAUUGGAUGAGGUUUCAUGGGAGGAGCUGAGAAAGAGCACGAGAGAGAUGGACAGAUCAUCAGAUGCACACAAACUCCUCAGAAAUGGAGCUGGACACAGUGUUCGUCACGCUUCUGCUCGCAGCCGUCUUCAGCUCAUCGGCUCUUCGUCAGUAUGAGUUUGUUCAGAUGAGGAUGAACUGCACUGAUGCUCAGAGAUACUGCCGUGAGAACUACAGUGAUCUGGCCUCCAUUGACAACAGCGCCGACGUGACCGAGCUGCUGAAGAUCGUGACCAAAUCUGCUGAUUAUGCCGUCUGGAUCGGGCUGAUGGAAACCCUCAGGAGUGAAUGGAAGUGGUCUCAGGGAGACCCUGCGUUUUACACUGCUCAUGAUUUACUGUUUCGCAACUGGGCAUCGAAUCAGCCGAACAAUGGUUCAUAUUACUGUGCUUAUAUGAGUCAGGACGGACUGUGGCAUGAUGACAGCUGUAAUAACCAAAGGUCUUUCAUCUGCUACAAUGACAGCAGUAAAGGAUUCGUCCUUGUGCAGCAGUCGAUGAGCUGGAGAAAUGCUCAGAGCUUCUGCAGAGCGAAUCACAUGGAUCUGAGCAGCGUGAGGAGCCAGAGUGAGAACCAGCAGAUUCAGCAGCUCAUAAACACUGGAGUCUGGAUCGGUCUGUUCAGAGACUCAUGGGAAUGGUCCGACAAGAGUACAUCCUCGUUUAGAAACUGGGCACCCACUGAACCCCACAGCAAUGAAAACGCCACUGUGCUAGUGAAGAGUGGAUCAAGAACGGGACAGUGGGAGGACUGGCCGUGUAAUUCACAAUUUACCUUCGUCUGUCAAAAAGAUCAGUUCAUACUCAUCAAGCAGAAUCUGAGCUGGAGUGAAGCCAUGACGUACUGCAGACAGAACCACGUGGACCUGGUGUCGGUGCCCAGCCCUCAGAUCGAGCAGCGGGUGAUGAACGUGGCGAGAAGAGCCUCGACAGCGGCCGUGUGGAUGGGUUUACAUCACUACUGCAGCAUGAACAUGUGGCUGUGGCUGCGUGGCGAGGUGGUCUGUUAUCAGAACUGGGCCGCGGGGAACGGCACCAGAGCGCACGACUGCCGCGAGCAAAGAGCCGGAGCUAUUCAGUCGGCUGGAGAUCAGCGCUGGGUCAGCCUUCCUCCGACCAUCAGGCUCAACUUCAUCUGCACCAACUCUGAACCUUGAGUGUAUGUUUGCGCUGCAAAGAAUUAUGUCUUUUUCCAAUACAAAUAUCUAAACUUUCUUAACACUUAACCUUCAAACCUUCAAAUCUUAACCUUUA